AUGUUGGCCUUGUGGCAGUACAUUAAUGACUGGACCAAUUGUUUUCGUGGUUUUGAUCUCGACAAUAGCGGUAAUAUCGACAAACAAGAACUUCAAAACGCCUUGUCUCGAUUUGGUUACCGCCUUUCGGAUCAGUUUUACAACAUACUGAUGAUGAAAUUCGAUCGAACACAUACUGGACACAUCAAUUUUGACGAUUUUAUCCAAUUAUGUGUCGUAUUACAAACCCUCACCGCUGCCUUCAGGGACAAGGAUGCUGACCGCGACGGCGUCAUAACGAUACGAUACGAGGAAUUCCUUACAAUGACUACUGGUAUCAUAUUGAGAAUGACUGGUUAG